CUUGUUCCUGUUGGGUCGUGUCCAUGCUCCAUCAUGUUGAGGGCUAAGACUCAACUUGUUUUGCUUUCGCCCCAUCACUUAAAGCAGUUAAAAGAAUUACCAGGCCCCAGGCUCAUAUGGCAGCGACUUCUGCAUCAGCAACAGCCCCUCCACCCAGAAUGGGCUGCUCUGGCUAAAAAGCAACUAAAAGGCAAAAACCCAGAAGACCUAAUGUGGCACACCCCAGAAGGGAUAUCCAUCAAACCCUUGUAUUCCAGCAGGGAUACUAAGGACAUCCCUGAGGAGCUUCCAGGAAUGAAGCCAUUCACACGUGGACCAUACCCCACCAUGUAUACUUUUAGGCCCUGGACCAUCCGCCAGUAUGCUGGUUUUAGUACUGUGGAAGAAAGCAAUAAGUUCUACAAGGAUAAUAUUAAAGCUGGUCAACAGGGAUUAUCAGUUGCCUUUGAUCUGGCAACUCAUCGAGGCUAUGAUUCAGACAAUCCCCGAGUUCGUGGUGAUGUUGGAAUGGCCGGAGUUGCUAUUGACACUGUAGAAGAUACCAAAAUUCUUUUUGAUGGAAUUCCUUUAGAAAAAAUGUCUGUUUCUAUGACUAUGAAUGGAGCAGUUAUUCCAGUUCUUGCAACUUUUAUAGUAACUGGAGAAGAGCAAGGUGUACCUAAAGAGAAACUUACUGGUACAAUCCAAAAUGACAUACUGAAAGAGUUCAUGGUCAGAAAUACUUAUAUUUUUCCUCCAGAACCAUCUAUGAAAAUUAUUGCUGAUAUCUUCCAGUAUACAGCAAAGCACAUGCCAAAAUUCAAUUCCAUUUCAAUUAGUGGCUACCAUAUGCAGGAAGCAGGGGCUGAUGCCAUUCUGGAACUGGCCUAUACUAUUGCAGAUGGAUUGGAGUACUGCAGAACGGGUCUCCAAGCUGGCCUGACAAUUGAUGAAUUCGCACCGAGGUUGUCUUUCUUCUGGGGAAUUGGCAUGAACUUUUAUAUGGAGAUAGCAAAAAUGAGAGCUGGGAGAAGACUCUGGGCUCAUUUAAUAGAGAAAAUGUUUCAGCCUAAAAACUCAAAAUCUCUUCUUCUAAGAGCACAUUGCCAGACAUCAGGAUGGUCCCUUACUGAGCAGGAUCCUUACAAUAACAUUAUUCGUACUGCAAUAGAAGCAAUGGCAGCAGUGUUUGGAGGGACUCAAUCUUUGCACACAAAUUCUUUUGAUGAAGCCUUGGGUUUGCCAACUGUGAAAAGUGCCCGAAUCGCUCGGAACACCCAAAUCAUCAUUCAAGAAGAAUCUGGGAUUCCUAAAGUGGCUGAUCCAUGGGGAGGUUCAUAUAUGAUGGAGUCUCUCACAAACGAUGUUUAUGAUGCUGCCUUGAAGCUCAUUAAUGAAAUUGAAGAAAUGGGUGGAAUGGCCAAAGCUGUAGCUGAGGGAAUACCGAAAUUAAAAAUUGAAGAAUGUGCCGCCCGAAGGCAAGCUAGAAUAGAUGCUGGUUCUGAAGUAAUUGUUGGAGUAAAUAAGUACCAGUUGGAAAAAGAAGAAUCUGUGGAAGUUUUGGCAAUUGAUAAUAGUUCUGUGCGUAACAAGCAGAUUGAAAAACUUACGAAGGUCAAAUCCAGCAGAGAUCAAGCUUUGGCUGACCGGUGUCUUGCUGCAUUAACUCAGUGUGCUGCCAGUGGAGAUGGAAAUAUUCUGGCUCUUGCAGUGGAUGCGGCCCGUGCAAGAUGUACAGUUGGAGAAAUCACAGAUGCCAUGAAACAGGUAUUUGGUGAACAUAAAGCUAAUGAUCGGAUGGUGAGUGGAGCAUAUCGCCAGGAAUUUGGAGAAAGCAAAGAAAUAACAUUUGCUAUCAAGAGGGUUCACAACUUCAUGGAACGUGAAGGGCGCAGACCUCGUCUUCUUGUGGCAAAAAUGGGACAAGAUGGCCAUGACAGAGGAGCAAAAGUUAUUGCAACAGGAUUUGCUGAUCUUGGUUUUGAUGUGGACAUAGGUCCUCUUUUUCAGACUCCCCGUGAAGUGGCGCAGCAGGCUGUGGAUGCAGAUGUGCAUGCUGUGGGUGUGAGCACGCUAGCUGCUGGUCAUAAAACCUUAGUUCCUGAACUCAUCAAAGAACUUAGCGCCCUUGGACGGCCAGACAUUCUUGUUAUGUGUGGCGGGGUGAUACCACCGCAGGAUUAUGAAUUUCUGUUUGAAGUUGGUGUUUCCAAUGUAUUUGGUCCUGGUACUCGAAUCCCAAAGGCUGCCGUUCAAGUGCUUGAUGAUAUUGAGAAGUAUUUGGAAAAGAAGCAGCAGUCUAUGUAAUUUCUGGUUUU